AGGGGUAAUUUUGGCUUUUACCCGAGGGACUAAAAUGAAAAUUUUGGAAAAGUUUGAUAACCAUGUUGUUUCGAAGCUUUUGAGGAUAGAGCGAGGGGGUUAGAGAAUUUUGGAGGAAGAUGGGUGGCGUUGGUGCUAUGGUGAAGGGAGCUUCAUAUUCAUAUGCUGUGUUUUGUGGUAGCUUUUUGAGGUCUCCGAGGUUAAGCUUUAGCAUUCAUAACAAGAAGAAGAAGUUGUUGAAGUUCAGGAGCUUCUCAUCAAAGAGCACAUGUUCCUCUCUCCAACCACCAGAUGUGUCUCGUUUGGCAAAAACAGCUCAAAUUUCUCUCACCCCAGAUGAGAUUGAAGAAUUUGCUCCAAAGAUUCAACAGGUGAUUGACUGGUUUGGGCAGCUUCAAGAUGUUGAUCUCCAAAGUGUUGAGCCCUCCAUUAGAGCAGAGACCGAAAACAAUUUGCGCGACAAUGUUCCGGAAACAUUUGAUCACAGGGAUGCGAUGAUUGGUGCUGUUCCAAGCUAUGAGGACCCGUAUAUUAAAGUUCCAAGGGUCUUAAGUAUGGACUAAAAACUUUGUAAAGGUACUUGAUUUGAUAGAAGGAAACAAGACUAUGGUUUUGUACUCUGCAUUUCUUGGUUCUUUUUAUUGGAAAAUGAUCUACCUCUUAAUCUAUAUAACAUUCAUUUUUGUCAUCAUGAGUUUGUGUCCUGCCAUUAGUCUCAUUCUCAUAAAACAAUCAUCUGUGUCCUUAGUUCUCAGAAGGCAAGAGUUAUAGCAAUUGAUGCUAAAACUACCAGCAGACACUAAACUAUGUUUUUUUUGGAGCAUUUGAUUGUUUUCAUAAGUUCAA